AUGUCAAGUUAUUCGGGAUCCUCGUAUGGGGAAUCCCGGUCGCCCUUCCUCGGAACGGGGACCUAUUCAACACUUUCCCCCACGCAAACACCAUACUCUUCCUCAAGCUCUCUUACUCCGACCGCUCAGGUGUACUCUCGUCUUGGGAGCGAGAUGUCGUCCCCGCGCCCGCAAAUGCGCCGCAGCCCCAUCCCCUCUUCAAGUGACCGCGACUACCGUGAAUAUCCGGAAGAAGAAAACGACAUGGAUGCCCGCGAAGUGGAGGCGGCUCUUAGUAUGCUGGACGACGAGAUCACGAACGCCGAGGACGCGUUGACGGAAUGGUCUCGCGAGUCCUCUUCUGUUGGUAUGUCUGCGACAUCCUACACCGGGCAGCACAGCGGCGGCGCCUCGUCUGUCACCCCCUCAAGCUAUCUCUCCGGGGAAUACCGCACGAUGACCGACGCGCUCCUCGACCGCGAGCGCCGGGUCCUCAGCACCAUCUCCGAACGUACCGAAGACCGUUCUCGACCGUCCUCGUUUGCCCAGUCCGGCAGUGGCCAAGGCAGUCGUCCCAGCACGCUCUAUACUAUCCCAAGCAUCCCCAGCGAGAACAGGAGGUCCCAAAAUCUCGAUGACAGAGCGCCCCCAGCCCUCCACACCCGCUCUUCUACAGAACCCACAGGGUCGCCUGCCCCGUAUGGUCCUGGUCGUGUCGCCAACGCUUCCGGUCGGCGCGCCGGGGAGCUAAUCGCGUUCUUCGAGGAGAAGCGGACCGAGACGGAGUCACCAAGGCUCUAUGGCCACUCUCGCACACUGUCUGCGCCGAUGGGGCCUCGCUCACCCGCCCCCCCACGUUCGCCGGCGCCGCGGUCUCCCAGUCCUUACACCACAACGGUGAGCCAGUCAAUGUCGACCUUCGGAGCCCCUCUCGGCUCUACCAGCUAUGGGUACGGUAGCUCCACCUAUGGGUACAACAGCUCUCGGCCCACGUCACCCACAAAGAGCGCCCGAGGCGGCUCUGUUACGGAGUCGUCUAUGUUCUCCCCACCGGCGCAAAGGAACACCACGUUGUCUUUGGACUCGCGCUUCUACCCGACGUCGGCCACCAACACGUACACGCCGGACCGCAACGCCGGCGGGAGCGGGAGCGAUACGUACUCUAACACGCGUUCGGGCACGUACUCGAGCACGUUUACCGGGUUCACGUCGACCGCGACCCCGAUCUCGUCUCUUCGGCGCCCGCAGACAUCGCCGCGUUCCCCCUUGACGUCGGUCCGCAAUAUCGUUGCCGCAUGGAAAGAGCGGACGCCGUCGCUCACCAAUUCGGUGCGCUCCACCUCCACUACGCCCUCCCCGACGCAAGAGGGUCUGUUCAGCAUCCGCAGGCGCGCGGAUCGUGGGGCGGCGCGUCUCAGGGACAACGCAAUGACGGAGAAUGCAGCGGAGGAUCUAGCAAGACCGCUACCAGAAGACGACGCAGGCGGGAGCGCGAGUGGAGGCCCCAGCCUUAGCACAGUCUCGUUUGACAUUGCCGAAUUAGGCCAGUACGCAGGCGCCAGCGGAGCGCAAGAGGUGAGUUCGAUUUCCCGCGCUCCCCAUGCACUCUUCACAUCAGCCGCGAGUUCUACACAAUGGUUGUAA